GCGGAAGUUCUGACAGGCGAACGCAGAGCGAGCGGAGUGAAGUUACAGGCACUUGUAUGAGUUUGUGUUGAUGUAUUGAAAACGGCGGCGUAAACAUCAAAGAGAGAUAUAGAGAUGCGACGGAAGCAGAAGAGAUUAUUGCAGAUCGCGUUUCUGCUCAUCGUGGCCUUUCUGUUCUUGCCGAACGUCGGCUUGUGGUCCGCGUCUCUGGAGCGGUUGUUGGACAGCAGUUCUGCGGACGGACCCGGACUCUCUCACACACAGAGACCGAAGGGACACCGAGUGCAGAACGACGGUGUUCGGAAACGGGACUGGCAUGACUACGCCGCUAUUAAGAGUGAGGCGGCGCGCUCAGGUGUGGGCGAGCAGGGCCGGCCGUACCCCCUCAGCGACUCGGACCGUGUGGAUCAGGCCUAUAGAGAGAACGGCUUCAACAUCUUCGUCAGUAACCGGAUCUCCCUCAACAGAUCCCUGCCCGACAUCAGACACCCGAACUGUAAGACGAAGCUGUAUGCUGAAGAUCUCCCCAACACCAGCAUCAUCAUCCCCUUCCACAACGAGGGCUGGUCGUCUCUGCUGCGCACGGUCCACAGUGUCCUGAAGCGCUCGCCGCCGCAGCUGCUGGCCGAGAUCGUGCUCGUCGACGACUUCAGCGACAAGGAGCACCUGAAGGCCCCGCUGGAGGAGUACAUGGUGCGCCUGCCGAAGGUGCGGAUCCUGCGGACCAAGAAGCGCGAGGGUCUGAUCCGGACGAGGCUCCUGGGAGCCGAGGCCGCCAUCGGGGACGUCAUCACCUUCCUGGACUCCCACUGCGAGGCCAACGUCAACUGGCUACCUCCCUUACUGGAUCGCAUCGCUCAGAACCGGAAGACCAUCGUGUGUCCUAUGAUCGAUGUGAUCGACCACGAUAACUUCGGUUACGAGACGCAGGCGGGCGACGCCAUGCGAGGGGCUUUCGACUGGGAGAUGUACUACAAGCGCAUCCCUAUUCCCCCCCAGCUGGAGAAGUCUGACCCCAGCGACCCUUUCGAGUCUCCGGUGAUGGCGGGCGGGCUCUUCGCUGUGGACAGGAAGUGGUUCUGGGAGCUGGGAGGAUAUGACACGGGUCUGGAGAUCUGGGGAGGAGAGCAGUACGAGAUCUCGUUCAAGGUGUGGAUGUGUGGUGGGCGUAUGGAGGACAUCCCCUGCUCUCGAGUGGGUCACAUAUACCGGAAGUACGUGCCUUAUAAAGUUCCCGGAGGAGUGAGUCUCGCCAGGAACCUGAAGCGUGUGGCGGAGGUGUGGAUGGACGAGUACGCUGAGUUCAUGUACCAGCGCCGGCCGGAGUAUCGGCAUCUCUCGGCGGGAGACGUGUCGGCGCAGAAGGAGCUGAGGAACCGGCUCAACUGCAGGAGCUUCCGCUGGUUCAUGACGGAGGUGGCGUGGGAUCUUCCCAAACACUACCCGCCGGUGGAGCCGCCCGCCGCCGCCUGGGGAGAGCUGCGUAACGUGGGCUCCGGCCUCUGCAUGGAGAGCAAGCACUUUUCCUCGGGAUCCCCGAUCCGCCUGGAGCAGUGCCUGAGGGAGCGCGGCGAGCCGAGCUGGAGUCACGGCCAGGUGUUCACGUUCGGGUGGAGGGAGGAUAUUCGCGUUGGAGACCCGCUACACACGAAGAAGGUGUGCUUCGACGCCGUGUCCCACAACAGCCCCGUCACUCUCUACGACUGCCAUGGGAUGAAGGGCAACCAGCUGUGGGCCUACAGGAAGGAUAAGAGCAUCUACCACCCCAUCAGUAACAGCUGUGUGGACUGUAGCGCUGCACAGAAGCGCAUCUUCAUGAACUCCUGCGACCCCUCGUCUCUCAGUCAGCAGUGGCUCUUCGGGAACACCAACGCCAGCGUGCUGGACUCCUUCAACCGCGGCCAGUGACGGCGGAGCUGGAGCUCGUGGACACACCUCUCGUGCCUUCACUGA